AUACAGACCGGUUCGUCGGGGCUGUCAGAAGAAUUUUAAAAACAAAAAAUUUUUUCCUAUGUUUUGUGAUAAGAUCAGGGUUUUUUGUACCUUCAGUUUAUUGUGUGUAAAUAAAGAUAAUGUUCUAAGUUCGGACUGUUUAUCGUACCGGCAUCUAUAAAUUACACGUGAAUAAAACCGCGAACGAACUUGCGAACACAUCGAAUCGAAUAAAUUCAUAUCCGAAAAAGUAUACAUACAAAAUGAGCCGACACAACGAUCCAACGGUACUCAGUUUUCACGAAUCCCUACUACGGCAAUCGGAUGUUGCACUGCUGCAAGGCCCAUUCUGGCUGAAUGACCAUAUCAUCUCAUUCUACCUUGAAUACCUUGAUAUGGUUGUCUUCGAGGACAACACCGAUUUGCUGUUUAUCUCGCCCGAAGUGACGCAAUGCCUGAAAAUAGUAUCCGAGAAUGAGAUCACCGUUUUCCUAGAACCACUGGACGCCGUCAACAAAUCGUUUAUUUUCUUCCCGCUGAACGACAACGACCAAGAUAAGGUUGGCGGAAGUCAUUGGAGUUUGCUGGUGUAUUCUAAGCCGGAACAAGCAUUCUAUCAUUUCGAUUCGAUGAGUCCGAGUAACGAGGUGCAUUGCGAGAAAUUUAUACGGAAAAUCAAGAACUAUUUGAAUGUUGAUGCGGUUGUGCUACGGGCUGCACAUUGUUUAGCGCAAACCAAUGGCUAUGAUUGUGGCGUUCACGUUCUGUGCAAUGCAGAAAAUAUAGCCCAUCAUGUCGUGAGUAAAGGUUCAGUUGACGGUGUGUCCAAAGUGACGAACGAUUCAGUGAAGCGAAUGAGAGCCGACAUUAUCGAUAUAAUCAACAAAUUGCAAACGGAAAAAUGAAAUGACGAACCCGAUAUGGUGACUUUGGUGCUUCCUUUAUUACAAACUUCCACAACAGCCACGACAAAAUUAAGAAAAUUCAAUAAAAUGGUUCGUUGAGUGAUCA